AGAAGGGAACGUCACAUUUAGCCACAUUGCGCUAGAGACGAGGCGUGGUUUCUCUUCACGGAAACUUUGUAAGGCGAUUUAAUCUAAAAUACAGCUCGUGUUAUUCUGAAAAUCGGUUACAAUACCCUCAUGGAUAUGGCUCCUGAUCCUCAUCUCACGUGGGCUCAUCAAGCCGGACAUCACAAUGCUGCAGCAGAACUAUGGAGAAAAUGUCUGUUCCCGUCGGACGUAGAGCGACUGGUGGAGUGUGUGUCUAAAUCAACGCCUCCCGUGGAUGCCGCGACUCCCCCUUGCAACCAGCGCCACCCUGAAAACUGUCAGUUACCUCAAUCAGCUGGGGAGGGGUUUCUCCGCUCACUCCCACGCGACCCGUUCCUCGGCCUCACAAUCCAUGGCUACAUGUUCCGUGAGGUCAUCCGCUCUGGUGCUAACGCCACUGUGUACAAUGUGUUCAAAGACGGACAAGUAUUUGCAGCCAAAGUGUCGCACCCAAGAAACAGAGACCCGAUGGGAGUGUCCAAAGCAUGGACCACUGAGUUUAACAUCAUUGGUCAGGUCCAACACAAGAACAUUAUCAAAGCCUAUGAACUAUUUGAACACAAGGGCCGCCAAGUCAUGAUACUGGAGUAUGUCGGCGGAUCGAACCUGGCCGAGUUCAUUGCCAGGAAGUGCCAGGCUCGCAGACAAGGUGCGAUGAAGAAAGUCAUGAAACAAGUUGUCACGUGUCUUGAACAUCUUCACAGCCAUGACGUAGUCCAUGGGGACAUAACGCCAGACCAUAUACUCAUUGGACAGGGUGGAAAGGUCAAAGUUAUCGACUUUGGCGAUGCGAUCAGGCUUGGUACCGGAAGCUACAAUCCACAGAGCAAGACAAGGGAUGUUGAAGACAAGAUAAUGAAGUCCUUUGACAUGUGGAUGUUUGGUGCGUCAUUGUAUGAGAGUCUGACGGGAAAACCACCUCAGUUCAUCGCCCAAGACCACAAUCAGCUGGACGUAUCUGGUCUUGACAUUCCUGACCGAAAGCUUGUGUCACUUUUGAAGAAGUGUCUUGACUUAAAUCCUUUAGAUAGAAUUACAGCCAAACUUGCUCUAAAGAACGACUAUUUUAAACGAUUUUUCUGUUAAUUAUCCUGAACUUACUCUAAAUUGCCUAUUUCAAAUUAAAUGUUUAGAAUGCAAACGUCAUUCCUCAAAAAACGAAAAGCCACUUUCGCAAUCGUAAAUUGAUGUUUCUUCGUUGUCAGGUUUUUGUUCCGGGAACCUCAAAAAUAUGUUAUCCUGUUUUUAAAUGAACUUUAAAAUGUUUAAGCUUAUAUUCCUAAUUCCAAAUACCGUUAUCAAUCAAUACAAUGAAAUGAAAUUA